AUGAGAGAAAUCAUUACAAUUUAAGUCGGAUAGGGAGGCAUAUAGGUUGGAAAUGCAUGUUGGGAAUUAUUUAGUUUGGAACAUUAGAUUUAGCUUAAUGGAUAGAUGAUCAAUCAACAAGUUAUAGAAAAAGAUGAUGCAUUAAGAACAUUUUUUUCAGAAUCUGAUCAUUAGAAACUAGUUCCAAGAACUGUAUUUUUGGAUUUAGAACCUACAUUAAUAGAUUAAGUGAAAGUUGGUAAAUUUAAGGAAAUGUUUAACCCAGAAUAAUUUAUUAGUGGAAAAGGAGGUGCUGCUCAUAAUUUUGGAAGAGGUCAUUAUUCGAUUGGCAGAGAAUAUAUUGAUAUAUGUUUAGAGAGAAUCAGAAAAAUUGUUGAUAAUUGUUCUUCAUUUCAAGGAUUUAUGAUGCUUAAUUCAGUAGGUGGAGGUACUGGUUCAGGCUUAGGAUCUUUGCUAUUAGAAAAAUUAUCAGUUGAUUAUUGUAAAAAAUCAAAAUUGAACAUUAACUUUUUUCCAUCCCCAGAAACUUCAGUUGCUAUGGUUGAACCAUAUAAUUCAAUUUUUGCCACUUCAUCUUUAUUAGAACAUUCUGAUGUUAGUAUCAUUAUGGAUAACCAAGCACUUUACGAUAUUUGCAAGAACGGACUUGGCGUUGAAACACCAAAAUAUUCUAAUUUAAAUAGAAUAAUAGCCUAAGCGAUUUCAUCAAUAACAGCUUCAAUGAGAUUUGAUGGAGCCCUUUUUACUGACAUAACAGAAAUUUAAACAAGUCUGGUUCCCUAUCCCAAAUUAUAAUUUUUGGUUUGCUCUUAUGCUCCUAUAACACCUCAUUAAAAAUUGGAUAACGUAAGGCUUUCAACUGCUGAAAUUACAAAACUUGCUUUUGAGGCAGAAAAUAUGAUGGCAAAAUGCGAUCCAAGACAGGGGAAAUUUAUGUCAUGCUCUUUAUUAUAUAGAGGAGAUAUCAUUCCUAAAGAUAUAUGUUGUUCGAUUGCUUAAAUAAAAACUCAAAAAACCAUUAAAUUUGUUGAUUGGUGUCCAACUGGCUUUAAGGUAGGAAUAAACUACCAAGCUCAAUAAACCUUGCCAGAAGAAGAUUUAUGUAAAGCUUCAAGAUCCGCGUGUAUGAUUGCAAAUACAACUGCUAUGUCUCAAAUCUUUUCAAAUUUAAGCCAAAAAUAUGAUUAAAUGUUUGCAAAAAGAGCCUUUAUGCACUGGUAUGUAAAAGAAGGUAUGGAGGAAGCGUAAUUCGUAGAAGCGAGAGAAGUAAUAGCAAGCCUAUAAAAGGAUUAUGAGGAUGUAGAUUCGGAAAUAAUAGAAGAAAACCAAGAAGAAUAUGCAGCAGCUUGA